GCUAUUUUUUUUUUUGUAUAAAAUUAAUUUAAACAAUGUCAAAAGCAACAACUAUUAAAGAAGCUUUAAAAAGAUUUGAAGAACGUGCCCGGGUUAGUUCUUCCGAAGCAACAGAAAUUGAUUUACAAUUUCAAUGGCCUCCAAUCGAAAAGAUGGAUGGAGCACUUGGAAAUCUCGUUAAUUGCAAAUGGUUAAGUUUAUCAACAAACAUGAUUGAAAAAAUAAAUGGUUUGAAUGGAAUGAGAAAUUUACGUGUCCUUUCGCUAUCUAGAAAUUAUAUUAAACAAAUUUCUGGAUUGGAAGUUGUUGCUGACACAUUGCAAGAACUUUGGCUCAGCUAUAAUUUAAUUGAAAAACUUAAGGGCUUAAGUGCACUCAAAAAUCUUAAACUUUUAUUUAUAAGCAAUAAUCUAUUGAAAGAUUGGUGUGAAAUUAAUAAAUUACAAGAAUUGACAAGCUUAGAAGAUUUGCUUUUGGUUGGAAAUCCAAUAUGCGAAGGAUAUGAUGAAACUGGCUGGAGAGCUGAAUGCAUUAAACGUUUGCCACUUUUGAAGAAAUUAGAUGGUGAACCAGUUGUAGUUAAUGAAGAUCCUGUUGUUGGUUGAGAGAAAAUUUUUUUUAAAACUAUAAAAUUUAUUUGAUCCUUUUAUUAUCCCUUACAAAAUUGUAUGGUUUCUUACACGUGGGUAAAAAUAAUUAUGAAAAAAAAACCUUUAAGAGGAAAUAAACGUCAAUUUAAACACCUAAAUAA